UCUUCUUCCGUUUCUCUUCUUUCAUUUAUCAUCGAUUCUGUGCUCCAAUUUUAUUCAUUUUAAUAAUAUUUAUUAAUAUCACACGGGAAAGAAAAAGGGAUAAGGAUUUUAUAUGGUAAAUAAUAACUAUUAGAAGGGAAGGUUUAUGAUUAGACUUUUUAGAUGCUUUGCAUUUUGAUUGUUUCCAUGAUUCAAAGUUCGGAUUUGAUUGGUCAAAUUCAGUAAUGGAUGUUCCUUCCUAGCACACGCUUUGCUCUCUUGGAACUCAAAAGAUUUUUUAGUCUAGAAAAGAUGGGUUGCAUAUGGGAGCAGCAUUAGACUUGGGACAAUAGUCGAAAUCAGGAAGGAGGAGUUUGAAGGAAGAUAAUGAGGUGCCUACAGUCUGGGGAGCCAUUAGGAAGAGCAGUUGAAAUGGUUCCAUCGUCAGAAUCUGUUGCGACCAGUGACUGCUCAGCAAGUGGUCAUUCUUGCCUUGGUGGACAAAUUGGCAACAAGAAGCCUGACACUGGCAAUAUAGAGGAAGCUGAAUCAUCCUUACGCGAGAGUGGUGUCUUGAACUAUGAGGAAGCUAGAGCUCUGUUAGGAAGAUAUGAAUAUCAGAAGGGAAAUUUAGUAGCGGCUUUACAUGUCUUUGAAGGAAUAGAUAUAGUUUCUGUGACUCCCAAGAUUAAAGAUGCCCUUUCCAAAAGCCGAGAACGGCGUAAGAGACAUUCCCAGAAUAAUGAUGAACCGCAAAUGUCUGUACAUGCUGUUGCCUUAUUGUUGGAAGCUGUCUUCCUAAAAGCAAAAUCUUUGCAGGUUCUUGGAAGGUUUAAAGAAGCUGCCCAAUCUUGCAAAGUUAUUCUGGACAUAGUGGAAUCUUCAUUACCUGAAGGCUUGCCUGAUAACUUUGGUGCUGAAUGUAAAUUGCAGGAGACUUUGAGCAAGGCAGUUGAGCUACUUCCGGAAUUAUGGAAACUUGCUGAUUGUCAACGAGAAGCUAUUUUGUCUUACCGGCGAGCACUCCUUCAUGAAUGGAAUCUUGAUGCAGAGACGAUAGCGAAGAUUCAGAAAGAAUUUGCUCUUUUUCUUCUAUAUAGUGGCGGAGAAGCAAUGCCACCUGAUCUUCGUUCCCAAAUGGACGGAUCGUUUGUGCCUAGAAACAACAUUGAAGAGGCUAUACUUCUUUUAAUGAUUUUGCUAAGAAAAGUCACUCUAAAUAGAAUUGAGUGGGAUCCCUCAAUUUUGGACCACCUUUCAUUUGCUCUAUCUGUUUCUGGAGAUUUGAUGAUUUUAGCCAAUCAAUUGGAAGAAUUGCUUCCUGGGACUAUCCAUCGAAAGGAGAGGUUCUAUGCUUUAGCUCUUUGUUAUUACGGAGCAGGGAAGAACGUGGAAGCGCUGGAUCUUCUUAGAAAACUGCUGAGUCAUAGAGAGGACCCAAGACAUGUUCCAAGUUUGUUAAUGGCUUCUAAGAUUUGUUGCGAAAACUUCAGUGUUACAAAAGACCCUGGGGUAAGCUUUGCUCGGAUGGCACUUGAGAACUUGGUUGGAAGAUGUAAUCAGUUAGAAAAUAUGGCCAAUUUCUUACUUGGUGUUUCACUUUCUGCAUACUCGAAAUUGGCCAUUUCUGAUGCUGAGAGGGUUAAGAGACAAUCUGAAGCACUUCAUACCCUUGAAACUGCCUGCAAAUUGAGCAGAAUGGAAGACCCUGUUGUAUUAUACCAUCUGAGUUUAGAAUAUGCUGAGCAACGGAAGUUGGAUGCUGCACUUCAUUAUGCUAAGUGCAUUGUAAAACUUGAAGUUGGCUCUAAUGUUAAAGGUUGGUUACUGUUAUCUAGGGUAUUAUCCGCACAAAAGCGGUUCUUGGAUGCCGAAUCUAUUAUCAAUGCUGCUUUGGAUCAGACUGGGAAAUGGGAUCAAGGUGAUUUGUUACGAACAAAGGCGAAACUUCAGAUUGCUCAGGGCCAGUUAAAGAGUGCCAUUGAGACGUACACUCAGCUUCUUGCUGUUCUUCAAGUUCAUAGUAAAAGUUUUGGUUCUCGGAAUAAGCUAUUUAAGGACAAAAGAGAUCAGAUUAGGAAUUUGGAAGUUGAAGUAUGGCAUGAUCUUGCUUAUGUAUACAUCAGUCUUUCACAGUGGCGUGACGCAGAGGCCUGCCUUUCAAAAUCUCGGGCCAUCAAACUAUACUCUUCUACUAGAUGUCAUGCAAUAGGUAAAAUGUAUGAAGCAAAAGGUCUUUACAAGGAGGCUCUAAAAGCAUUCCGCGAUGCCCUGGACAUUGAUCCUGACCAUGUCCCCAGCUUGAUCUCCACUGCCAUGGUUCUUAGACAUUGCAGUGAUCAAUUGAAUCCUGCAGUCAGAAGCUUUUUGAUGGACGCACUGCGGCACGACAGAUUUUGUGCUUCUGCUUGGUAUAAUCUUGGCCUUCUCCACAAGGCUUACGGUACAGAAUCAGCAUUUGUUGAAGGUGCAGAAUGUUUUCAGGCAGCACACUCUCUUGAAGAAUCUGAACCAGUUGAACCUUUCAGAUGACUGGUUCUAUACCUGUCUGGUUUCUAUUUAUAUUUACUAUCUAUUUAUUCUCUAGUUUUCAUUUUUUAAUUUUGUGAAGGAAAAAAGUCAAAAACAAGAAAUGGAAACAUAAAACAGAAUUUUAUGGCAUGUUUGGUUUGUGAAAAGGUUUUCUUAUGUCAUGUUUCAUUUUUUUAAGGAUUUUAUAAUGGAAAAAAUGAAAAUAGUAAAACAAUAAAAUGUUUUCUGUUUUCAUUUUUCCUUCAUCACAAACCAAAUAAAAUCCACAAGAUUUUUCAACUUUUUUUUGUCCAUAAAAUUCUGAAUAUAUAAAACUCUAAAAGAAAAUAGAAAAUGAAAACAGAAAUUAAACCGUCAUUUGUCCCAUGCUUCAGGUUAUCAGGUUAUGCAUCAUGCAUGACUAUCCUCUAUCAUUUGUUUUUUAUUGGGGUUAGAUGACAAGGAUUUUUGUUGCGAAUCCGAUCCCCUUUAUGUUAGCAUGGUUGGUCUAGUUUGACUUUGACUUCACCAGAGAGGUAGCAUAUAUCAAUUUAAUGGAGAUUUUGCCAUGUUAGUCAAAUAAAAAUGAUGGCAGACUCUCCAGGAAAUUUUUUAAUGCCAUAAUUCAUGGUAUAUGUUUCACUUGUUCAUGAAUUCUGUAAAGAUACUAUCUCAAUAAGGAAUCAGAGAAAAACAGAUGAGACAUGUUUAAUCCUACACUACAAUUUCGAUUUGAGAAAUAUUUGUGAUUUAUUUUAUUAUUAUAUUCACAAUUUUAUUUUCAUAGGAUGGAAUUUGUCUUCCACGUUGAAUGUAAUGAUUUAGUUAUUAGCUUCUCUUGUAAGCAAAUUAAAACCAAGGUUUAAACUUAAACAAGCUGGAGAGCGCAAGAAUGUUACCCUAGUUGCCUUGGGAGUUGAACAAGG